AUGGAGAACAGCCGCGCUGCCAGUCAUGAAAAGAGAGCGCUCGCGUCUCCGUCAGCCGUUGAAACAGCGGCCAAUGAACUGCCAUUUGAUGAAGCGGCAACAGACCUGGAUAACAAUUGCGGGUGCUGUUAUCUAGCAUCAUGUAACGGUCCGUUUUGCAAGCUCCGCAAGCCCUUUACCGGAGGAUCUAAUGACGAGGAUGUGGACCCCGAGGCCCCAGGGAGCUGUCGCACGGUGUCGUUCGACGCGUCGCGCGAGACGCACUACGUCAUCGUCAUCCACGGCACGUUCGACGCGCCCCCGGACGACGGGUCGCGCACGUGGUACCAGCCCGCGGCGCCCGGCGAAAUCAACUUUUGCAGCAAGAUUGGGGCGCGCCUCGCGGAGGGGCCGCUAGGCGGCGGAUGCGUGUGGCGCGAGCUGCCGGCGGAGCCGCCGGCGCGACUCCGCAUUCCGUAUCCGUUUCACUGGGACGGCACGAACACGCAUGAAGGACGCAUCGACGCCGCGCACAAGGUUGCUCCCUUCUUCCCCCUCGUCCCCCGUUUCCCCCCUUCUCCCCCCCUCCCUCCCCGUUCUCCCCGUCUCUCCCCCGCUCUCUACCCCCUACCUUUCCUCCUCCUCUCCUUUCUCCCCCCACCCCCUCCCCCUGUCGCCCCACUCUCCCUUCGCCCGCAACACUCGCGGCCACGGCUGGCGCGCCUGCUGGACCUAAGACGCACGGCGACCCCUCUUACCCUCUCUCCCUCAACCUCGCCCCACCUCAUCUCCCCCCUCCCCCUCGUCUCUCCCCUCCCCCUCAUCUCUCCCCUCCCCCUCAUCUCCCCACUCCCCCUCAUCUCCCCCCUCCCUCUCAUCUUCCCCCUCUUCGCCCGCCCCCAUUCUCCCCGCCACAGCAGGCGCACCAGCUGUGGAUGUGAUAACACACAGCGACCCCUCUUACCCCAUCUCCGCACCUCAUCUUCCCCCACCAUCUCCCCCCACCAUCUCCCCCCGCCCCCUUCUCCCUCGCUCGUCCCCCCACAGCUGGCGCGGCUGCUGGACGUGAUAACGUACGGCGACCCCUCGGCGCGCAUCCAUGUCAUCGCCCACUCCCACGGAGGCAACGUGCUGCUUAAAGCCAUCGAGCUCUACAUGAAGCGCCAGGGGAGCAAGGCUGUGUCGGACCUCCCGCCACCUGUCCUCCAUCGAUUCUGGGCGGCAUACAAGAGCAGAUACGAUUUGAUUCGCCACUGGCGGAAGCCGGAUGUUUCCAACACCUUGUGGCGCUUCUUCCCUUUCCUUGUUGUCAAGAGGAGCAUGGCGGGGAGGAGGGAGGGGAGCGUGAAGGAGCAGUACCCGUGGGCGCGCUACCGCUGGCUCGACUCGCUGCUCCGCCUGCCCUCGCAGCGGCAGCGCCUCUUCCUGGCGCACCGCCUGGCCACGAGCCCGCUGUCGAACGCGCUGGGGGCGCUGGUGUUCCUGGGGACGCCGUUCUACAUGAAGAGCUGGCAGCGCCACGGCAUGCUGCUGCUGCUCGCCACCACCGCCGUGUCCGUGGGGGUGACGUUUGUGGUCAUGUGGGGCUACGUGCUGCUGUGGCGCCUCGUGGUGCUGGCCAUUGCAGGCGAGCUCUCAAGAGCCGCCACUCCCAACUACCUCCCAUUCUCCCUCGCCGCGGCUGUUCUCGUCUUUGCCAUCGUCAGUGUGGCACUGGAGCUCUGGCGCAGCACUGCCUUUUACAGCGGCAACAUCUACCACUCGCCCGGCUUUGAUUGGUCGCAUGCCAUGUCAGCACUCGUCAUCCACGCCGGCAAAUUAGACGAAGCCAGUCUGGCGCUCUCCACCGAGCCUAUCGCCCGUGCCUACAUCUUUCCGCAACUAGCCUCCAUGCUCAAACUCCCCUUCUGGAAAGCCCUCCCCCGCCGCCCAGUCACGAGAAAAUGCUCCGAAUGGACGCUUUACAUCAGCAACACUGCCCGGAUUCUCAUGUGGAACAUAAUCUUCAUCCUGCCCGCAUUGGCUGUAGCACUGCUGUCGCGUGUGCUGGCGCCGUUGAUAAUCUCAAUGGUGCGCAACGUGAUCGUGACGGUGAGCUUCGGGCUGUCCCCCAAGGAGCUGAGCUUCGCCAGUGUGUUUGUGGACGAGCGCCUCAACCUGGGGUUCGCCUUGCAGAACGUGGAACACUGGAACGUGCAGAAACUGCUGGCGCUGGCCAAGACGAGGUCGCUGCAGGGCGAGCUGAUGGAAGGGUAUGAGGACGACACGUGUGACAUGGGGGAGGCUCUAUUUGGGGACGGGCUACCUGAAGAGGGGGUUCCUCAAGAGGGCAUAACCGGGAAAAAGGUACCUGCGACAGGGGUAAGUGCAGAGGGGUUGAUUGGAAGAGAGGGGAGGGUGGAGGGGAGAAAGGAUGAAGAGGAGGUUGAAGAGAGGGAGGUGAGAGUGAGGAGGCAAGGGGACGCUGACGAAAGAGCGGGUGGUGAGGGUGAAGGGAGUACAGUGAUGGACUCGAUACAGGCAGGUGCGUUAAGACCACAGCAAGAGGAUUGUAUGCAUAGAGCUGAGCCUUCUGACUCGCGAGCGGGGCUGUCAGGUGCGCUAGGGGAGCCGCCUGGUGCCACCCAGAAACAUGCAGUGGCAGCAGCAGCAGGGGAGGGAGAGGAGGGCAGGGCAGCAGGAAGGUCGAUGCGGAGCUUGAGCCGCUUCCGACGGCGCGUGACGUUCACAGAGCGGUCGCUGCGACAGGGGGAGCAUAGAGAGGAGGGCGGUGACGAGGGGGGCGAGGAAGGGGAUGCGGAAGGGGGUGGCGGCAAGGGAAAGCGAGCAGGGGGAGGGGUGAGUGCAGAGGGAGGUGGAAGUGCGGCAUGGACAGGGGGGUUGGGCAGUUCUCAACCACAUGGUUCCAGAGGGGCCUCUGUGGGGGGUGCACAUGAAGAGAUGAAAGGCAAGCAGCAGCAACAUGAGCUGCAGCAGGGAAUGGAGGAGAAGGGCAUGGGGUCCAUGGCUGGCAGUGGCGGCAGGGGCGAGCGGCUGGCAUACGAGUUCCUGUGGGACGACGCUGUGCUGGAGGCAGCCGCGCGCGAGUCAGAGACGUACACGCUGCUCCGCCCGCAGCUGCACGCCAUCACCCACAACCCCCGCCUCUCCGACCAGGAGUGCGUGCGCCAGGUGAAGCAGCUGUGUGUGAUGAUCGAGGAGCGCUUUGGCGAGCUGACGGGGCGCUUUGACCUCAACCACGGGGCGUACUUCCGAGAUCCCCGCAUCAUCGGGGCUAUGGUGCACUUCCUGGGCCACAGGGAGCUCCCUGAUUGGUCCAGGGAGAUCGAUACGGAUGUGUUGCGGGCUGAAGAGAGGAUCAGGUUUGGGAGGCUUGGGCAGGGAUGA